AUGUGGCUGCUUGAGGUUAUCUUUAUUGCCUGUCUGGUGGCCUCCGUGAGUGGAUCCGCGGGGGAAGUUAAGCUGCCCGUGGAGCAGGCAUUUGUUCCUCGCUAUACCCUCGAAAGCAAACGUCAGGAUCUGGACUUACCCGCUCCAGAGCAGAAUCAGGAAGAACAGCAGCAUCAGCAGCAGAGACUCCCUGCUACCAGCGACAAGAAGCCCUGGCGGCGACGCGUGGACUUUGGCUACGAUGGUGUUUCUACGGCUGCCUGGUCUGCUGCUCCCUCACCACCGGCCGCCAUCCUGUCCAUCCUAAAUCCCCUGCUAGCUCCUGGACUUCUCCUGCUUGGCGUUAACUUGGGCGCUCUGCUCUACAUGCUGCUGGGACUACUGGGACUAGCUCCGCAUCGGAGUAACAGCAGGGCUGGCAGCAUUUCACAGGCCUGGCCAACGCACGACGAGAUCCUCUACACACACAAUCUGGGUGAGGGGGGCAAGGAAACGGCUGUAUAUUUUUAA